CAAGCUGAUUUUCGAGUGUCUCAGCGAAAACAGCCCCAAAGCUUUUGUUGCUUUCUGCUUAAUGGAAGGCCCCUAAUCCUCUCUCUCCUCCGUCUCUCUCUCUCCGUCUCUCUCCGUCGUCUCCUUGCGGCUGCUCACUGAGGAUUUCACCUGAAGGGUAAUCUGCAACUUUUGCUGGUGUUUCCUUCUGUUGAUCCGCUGGAACCGUCCAGUUUACGAGGAAUUGACAAUUUCUAAGUGUCAUGUCUCCACCGCUCCUGGGUGCGGAGGAAGGAGGAACAAGCGAUGUCACCAAAGUUGCUGGUUCUCCCUCCUCAAAGGACUCCCCUGAUGGCCUUGGCUUGGGCCUGAAAGAGAGGAACUACCUUGGACUUUCCGACUGUUCAUCGGUUGACAGUUCAACGGUGUCGGGCCAGUCAGAUCCUGAGGCCCAGAACAACAAGCUGAACCUGAAGGCCACAGAGCUCAGGCUUGGGCUUCCAGGAUCUCAGUCCCCGGAAAGAGAUCUUGAUGAGAAGCCUCUGUUCCCUCUCCUUCCCUCAAAGGAUGGGAUCAAGACUGUCGUCUCAGGCAAUAAGAGGGGUUUCUCUGAUGCAAUUGAUGGGUUCUCGGAUAAGAAGUGGAUGUUUCACUCUGCCGGGACUGAUGAGGGCACACAGCCAUUGGGACAGGGUAAGUUUCCUGCUAAUGCUGGCCCUAAGCAGCCAGCUACCAAAGAGGUGCCGGCAAAGCCCCUGCCUGAACGAGCAAAUGGGAUUAACCCGAGCAGAGCUGCGAACAAUGCACCAGCUGCCAAGGCCCAGGUCAUUGGUUGGCCUCCAGUGAGAUCCUUCAGAAAGAACACUUUGGCGACUACUUCUAAGGAUAAUGAUGAAGUAGAUGGAAAACCUGGUCCUGGUGCUCUCUUCAUCAAGGUGAGCAUGGAUGGUGCUCCAUAUUUGCGGAAGGUGGACCUAAGGAACUACUCCAAGUACUAUGAACUCUCCGUUGCUCUCGAGAAGAUGUUCAGCGGUUUUACCAUAGGGCAAUGUGGAACUAAUGGAACUGGUGGAAGGGAAUCGAUGAGCGAGAGCAAGCUGAAGGAUCUUCUGCAUGGGUCAGACUAUGUUCUCACAUACGAGGACAAAGAUGGUGAUUGGAUGCUAGUUGGAGAUGUCCCAUGGGAGAUGUUUAUUGAAUCAUGCAAGAGGCUGAAAAUUAUGAAGAGUUCGGAUGCAAUUGGACUCGCGCCAAGGGCAACGGAGAAAUCCAAGGCAAGAAACUGAAGCCUGCUAUCUCUCUGAGACUGUCCAAGUGCUGAGGGUGCAUUUACAGGAGGAUGAGAAAGUGAAGAGACAGCUUGAUUUUACCGUGUUUUUAUUAAUCUAUGGUGAUGUGUUUUAUGUGUGUUUGCAUGUCCGUCUGAAGAAGAUUUAAGUCUUUGUCCAUUACGGUUACGAAUUACUAUUAUUUGUAUGAACCUCUCGUAUAUUACUAGGAAAUUGUAGUAAUCUGUGGAGUUCCCAUGUCCCUGGAAGAAGAUUCUUGUUAAUGUACUCUGCUUUUAUGAUCUGAUUAAGUGUGUGCUUUUAUCAGUAGGAGCUCUUUGAUUCUA